AUGCUUUCGAAGGAGGAAGAUUAUAUUGACAACGAGUAUUACACUAUGAAUCGUAAAUUUUUUCAUUUAAUUGGAUUAUGCCAAAAGACAUCAUUUAAGAACAUAAUUCAUAUUUGUUUCAUUAAUGUCAUGCUAGCUUUUGCAUUAUUCGCACAGAUUUAUUUUCUCUUCAUCUCUGAAAAAAAAUUAAUAUUGAUCGCCAAAUUACUGGAAACGUCCUUGCCUACAUUAUGCUUUACAUCUUGCUAUUGCAAUCUAUUGUUGAAGGAAAGAAUUAUGAAGAAAAUACUUUAUCGUAUGAAAUUCGAUUGGGAUGACCUAGCAAACAAACCAGAACUAAUGAUACUGAAGAAAUAUGCUGAAAUUAGUAGACUUUGUACAAUAAUAAUCGCAAUCUCCAUUUAUCUUUAUAUUGUAUUUUUGAUAUUUCCAUCAUUGUUAAGUGUGUUUCGAUACGAUCUUGGUUUUAUAAAUGAAACUGAAUUAUUAUUACCAAUUCGUGCUGACUAUUUCAUGAAAAAUCGUAUGCUUUAUUUCAUUGCACUUACAAUUGAAUACAUAAUUAUAUUAAUCGCUGCCACGGUAGGAAUUGCUAACUAUUCCAUGUUUGUAGCAAUUGUACAGCAUGCUUGUGCACUUUUUACCAUCAUUCAGUAA